CACACACACACCCAAGCCCUGUUCAUCCGGCCCCCCGUGCAAGAUCAAGCCCUGCCAAUGCAACUCCGCCGAGUGCCCAUGGAGCUCUAGGGAGGAAGCCACAGGUAGAGGCGUGCCAUGGAUUGCCCCAUCAAGGAGGCGCUGUCUGUUGUAAGCGAGGACCAGUCUAUAUUCGACCAAACCUUUGGCACCCCACACCUCCUGAAGUCUGAGCUGUCGUCAGUGGAUGAUUAUGGUGGCAAGGAAGGCCUCGGGCUGGAGGAGACCCAGUGGCCCACGCAGACCAACAGAAGCCAUGUGGUGAAGCAGGAAAAUGAACAGGUCAACUGUGCCAACAGCAGGCAAUCGCCUGUGGACUGUAGCGUCACCCGGAGGAGUAAAGUGGGGGGUGUGGUUGACCCAGCCCAGGUGUCUUACCCAGGCGGAUACAGCAACCCCCGUGGCAGCCCCCCUGCCAACCCCCCCAGCGAAGAGAAGAGGGUCAUCGUUCCAGCAGACCCCAGCGUGUGGACCCAUGAACACGUCCGCCAGUGGCUGGACUGGGCAGUGAAGGAAUACAGCCUCCUCGAUGUCGAAACGAGCCACUUCCAGCAUAUAGAUGGCAAAGAGCUCUGCAAACUGGGCAAGGAGGGCUUCCUGCGGCUUACUACAUCCUACAACGCUGAUGUGUUGCUGUCUCACCUCUCUUACCUCCGCCAGAGCAGCCCCACUUUUACAUACCCGUCUGCUCCAGUCAUUACCCAACAGCCGCCGCCUCCUCCUCCUCCAGCACCACGGGCCCAAGUCAAAUCUGAGUCUCCAUAUGAAGAAAUCCGGCGGAGCAACUGGGGCAGUGGGCCCAUUAAUGCAACCCCCAAAGGUUCCCCACCACAGAUCCAGGGGGUGGGUCGGACUCCAGAUUCAACACGUGUAGCUCCAGAUCCAUACCAGGUCCUGGGACCCACGAGCAGCCGCUUGGCAAACCCAGGGAGCGGCCAGAUCCAGCUGUGGCAGUUCCUGCUGGAGCUGCUGUCGGACAGCACCAACGCCAACUGCAUCACCUGGGAAGGCACGAACGGCGAGUUCAAGAUGACAGACCCCGACGAGGUGGCGCGGCGGUGGGGCGAGCGCAAGAGCAAGCCCAACAUGAACUACGACAAGCUGAGCCGGGCGCUGCGCUAUUAUUACGACAAGAGCAUCAUGACCAAGGUGCACGGCAAGCGCUACGCAUACAAGUUCGACUUCCAGGGCAUCAGCCAGGCCCAGCAGGGGCAGCCGGGGGAGCCCCCGCUCUACAAGUGCCACCACACGGACCUGCCGUACCUCUCCGCCUACCACCAGCAGAAGGUGGGCUACGGCGCCCUGGGCCAUGCCACGCAGGUGCCUGCCUCCUCCACCGGCUUCUUCGGGGCCCCCUCCCCCUACUGGAAUGCCGGCAGCGGGAACCUCUACCAGAGCCCCCCCACGCCGAGGCAGGCUAGCAGCCACCUGAGCUCCUUCUUCUAGUCUUGGGCAGGCCAGCGGCCCCAGGACUGCUGCUGACCAGCAGGCCUCUUUGCUCAAGGAUCGGCUGAUCCUUCACGCCCCGAGGGGUUGGGCGACCUUGGAGAAAGAGGACGGUGUUGGCGAGCGCCUCACCAGCAGGGGCUCACCUGCCUGCACCUCCCGCUCUGCCCGAAAAGGCGGGAGCACCUCCAUCCCUGCUGGACUUAGCUGGACCCCCUGAAACGAGCAGUUCUCUCCCUCCGCCAGAGAUCUGAACUUGGCAUGCGUGGCGCUGGAAGAAUGAGAAAGCUGCAAGGGACGUGGAGUUGCUGCUCGGGCUGCUCGAGUAUCUCCUCUCUCUUAACAUCAAGGGCAGCCUUCCCUAGUCAGGCACCUUCCUGAGGGGUGGGCAGGCUGGCUGGGGAAGAUGGGAGCUGUAGUCCAACACAGCGGGACCGUGCCAGUCCGAUCUAAAAUGAUGCACAGCACAGUAGGACUGAGCUGUGUGUCACUGUAAUGCGGCCAGCACUGCUGUCCAACAGUGUAAGGAAGUAUAGGGCAGAGACAUAGAAACAGAGCGAAACAGAAGGGGCCUCCCGGGCUAUCUAGUCUGACCCCCGGCUCCAGCCGGCUCCGCUCACGACAUGCCCACCCCGGUGCUGCCCCUUCAUCCCAUUGCUGCUCUAAAGUCUUUACAGAUCUGAAACCAAGGUUUCGCCCAGCCAUAUGCUUGGGAAGCUACUUUUACCUUCUUUUAAAAGCCCAAACACAUUGACUGGUGAUGGGGAAGUUCCCCCCAUAGUAGGCUCUGAUCCCCACCCCAUCAAAGCCCUGCAAAUUAAACAAGUGAGGAGAGAUACACACCCAAGGCAACUGCAGCUCCACCCCUUCCUCUUGUAGCAGCAGACUUCACCCCAUUCCUCAAAACGCUGUGUGACAACAGAUGUAGCAGAGCUGGUUUGAAAGGGCUUCUGCAGCCAGUUUUCUGAACAAAGUGAGCAUGUGCAGCACUUUUGGUGGGAAGGGAAGCCGGCAGUGGCGAGUCCCAGUUGCUACCAUGGCUGCCUUUCCCACACCCGCCACCCCAAACCAGUCCUCUUGUACAACUGCCCCCCCCCCACUUUCUCUGGCCGUUACUUUUCUUCUUCUCCCCCCUCCCAAAGUUAUUGUGUGAUUUGGUAAAGUGAUGGUGAACAUGAAUACAUAUAAACAUGUGUGCAGUUUGAAAAAUAUUUUAUGAGACAAUUGGCUUGCCAGAAGUGCUGGGAAGUGGUCAGCCUGGAAAGCCGACCUGACAAGUGAGCCCGCGUAUAGAGGGCCGAUUCUAGGUUUUUGAAGGCUUUGAGGCAAACCCCCCUCGCAGGUCCCUCGCUCAGAGUCUCCCUCCUGACCAUCAUUGUCACCAAACAUGGUUGCUUCUCCACUUUCCCAUCACUGCAGCUGCUCGCUGGCCAAGAGCCAUUGAGCAAGCAAACUGGCACAACUCCUGGCCCGCCUUUUCCGUUCCCCUCUUGCCGGGCCAGACAAGGAUGAAGAAGAGGUCCAGCUUGCCGGGGCUCUGUCAGAGGCCCCUGCUGGGUUGUGGGCCCCCGGCAGAUGCCCACUUGUGUGUACCCUUGCUGCUGGGAUGUUGAGUUCAUGCCACAGGUUGAUGGGUCCAUGGUGCGCACCAUCUAACCCUAUUUCAUCUCUUUUACGCCUGCUUACCCGCCAGCAAUUUUUCCUCCUCACGCAAUUGCAAGCCUCAAAGCACAACUGGUAAGACACCAUUGAAUAGCUGCAGCUAAGCAAGUCGGGUCCUGCACAGCCUCUUCCAAAAACGUGCUUGCAGAUUGACUUGUAAUCCUUGCUAGCAGAACCUGCAUCAAAAUGCUGCAGUGUGCAAAGCUUCUCUUGACUGAGACAGCCGUUCUCCAGCAUCCCCUAGUUUAUCCCGACCCUCCAGGUUUGCCAUUUCCACCCCUGCAAUGGUCAGCAUUCCAUGACCAUCAUGGGGCUUUUUUUUGCUUUUGUUUUGUUUGUGCUUUUGGAGGGGGGGAGGGAGCUCAUUCCACAAAGGGGGGUGUGGAGGCUUUGUGGUUCUAUAAUUCUUGGUAGCCACCCCUGCAAGCCUCCCAGCAUCCCUUGUGUGGGAUGGUGUUUCUCAAUUGGCCGUCCCCAGGGUUCUCAGCAGUCACUGGACUACAGCCCCCAAAUGCUGGCUGAAGGGGAUGGGAGUCACAGUUAGAGCCCCCCUCAGAGACCCAAUGUUAGGAAAAGCUGCACAGUGACUGGUAGACGUGUAUUAAGGUGGGUGUUACACUGGACACUUGGAUCAGUUUGAUCUUGCUUUAGCUUCCACUGCAGCUCCAGGGACUGGCAUGAUUAUUGCUAAGGAUGUUUGAGAAAUUUCCAUUUAGAACUUGCCACUUACCUUGACAGAGCUAGUGCUCCACAGGGCCCCAAAUGCUGAUUAGAUUUACUCCAUAGAGAAACACGAGGUAAGUAACCACAGGCAGCAGCAUGAAGUGGGGAAAGAAUAGACAACAUCAUGUGAAAGAGUAGGGUAAAGGAGCCCCUACAUAAGGAAACUGCCAGGGGAAAACAUCUGGCCCACAACCGUUACCAGCUACUGUGCCACGCCUGGCUUUGUGUUUUGCUUGCAAGGAGUGAAUGUGUCUGUGCCUGCUUUCUCACAAAGGGGAGCACUGAAAAUUUGAUCCCUGCACUUUCGUGCUACAGUCCACGCCUAUUCUGCUGCAUGUUUUGGAAUUCCCAGGGAGACAACUGUGGAGGGAAGUCCAGCCUGUAGCAUAUUAUGGGGAUAUGGAGAUAUCUUCCAGUUAGAUGUUGCAAAAAAACAACAGCAACUGAAUGUUCAAACUUAUACAGCCAAGAAGUCGUCAAUGCUCAGAGGUCCUUUUGUUUCCUCCUAUUCUGAACUUUAGAGGUGUAAGGGGCCAUGGGGGGCAACCCACCACCAGAGCCGACUAGCAUCCCGGCAAAUGACCGGGCAGGCUGUGCUUGCGCAUCAAGAGAUGGAGCCCCUGCCAUUUGCUGGGGCAAUUGAUUCUGGCAGAGAGUGCCGACUGGCAGGACGUUCUAGCCUUGCAGUCGUCCCACCUUGGCUCCCGUCUUGCCCUCUGAGACCGUAGAAAACCAGCCUGCUACACCUUCUAAGUGGCAGCCCUUCUGGUAUUUUGAAAUGUGUUGAAAGGGGCUUUGGGAGCCAGAGAGGCAGCUGCUCUGCUCUCCAGCACUCUGCCCCACUCCUGUGAAGGGGGCUGCUCUGCUACCCCUUGCCCAAGGCCAGGGGCUGGGCCUUGGGGCUGAUUAGCUCAGCAAGGAUAAACGGCAGAGAAAGACGUUGAAGCCUGUGGUAGCAGGCGAAAGGGUGGCCCUGUUUCAGCAGGGCAAGAGAGGCGGCCACAGGGCUGGCACACUCCCUUGCUGUUGCAAAAUAGCUAGACGCCUCAACUGAUUCCGCAGAAAUACGCAAGAGUAGGCUGGCUGGAGCCGUGCGGCUCAGUGGCUUGGUGCUCCUGCACCAACAGGGGUUUUCCACUUCUCUGGGCCCCCCUGCAGUGGCCCCCGGCUGCUGUGCUGCACACAAGCACGUGUCCUGAAAGAGCAGUGCGAGUACUCGGCGGCCAGGGUGUCUCUGCGCAGCCCCUGGACUUUGGCGUGAGAAAUCCGUGGCCGCCUCCACGUUGUUGCACAGAACACCACCAUGUCUGAUCAAUGGUCAUGCUGGCUGAGGAAGAGAGGAGCUGGCAUCUCACAGCACUUGAAGGAGGGGCCGAAAUGCCCCCCGAUGCCUUUUCUGGGCAACCACCAAGGUGCCCUGACCUUCCCACUUAGAGAAGAGCAUGUUCGCAGCUGCAGUGGGGCUCGCUGUAGGGGAGGCCUUCCAUGGGGCUAAAAACUAUGUUUCCAGAGGAAUUACUUAGCGUGUUCUCACAGUUCUCACCUUGUACUCACACUUCUUGUCCUUUGGCAUCUAUCCCACAACAAGCUUUUUGUGGUGGUGCCCGGGACAAUUUCUCAGAUGGACAAAUGCCCCCUCUGCUCCCCCCACCCCAACUUUGCCUCUGGGUGAGAGGGCCUGUGGGGUGGGGUGGAGUUACCAGCUGGAGUCUUGGAGGCCCCUGCGGACACAGAUGUCCAAUGAAGUGGCUGUUCUGGGAUGCAGAUGGGGAUGUCAGAUAGCCAGGGAGAAAGCGUGGCUUUUCAUGUGCACGGCUCCGUAGGAGCAGCUCGAUGUUGCCGCUGUGUGCGGGUGGUACUAUUGCAGCACACGCUGCUGCAUGGCGUGAAGAGCUUCCCUCGCUGCUUUCUGCAGCCCAAGCUGCUGUGAGAAGGCACAGGAGUCUGGGUUGGGGGCAAAGCUGUGCCAACCCUUGGUGAAGCCUUUUCUGGCUAAUGGGGCAGGAUCUCAAUCCAAUAAACAAACCAGCCUUGUCAUUAGUUUAGAAAGCGGCUCCGAUGGCCGGUCGGCUUGCUACAGGAGGCACUUGCACAGUGCAUCGCAACCGGGUUGCAUGUGGCCUCAGGAAACAACAAAGGCCACCUGCAAAGCGCUGGGCAUGUGCACCAGCAGUUGGAGGAUGUGUGCGCUGGGUUGUUGUGUCACGUGCAUCUAGACAUCCUGGGUAAUCGGAGGAUAAUCCAUGGAUUUGCACAUGCAGAAGGGCAGCUGGUACACUUCCCAGAUCCCCUUGGGUGAAUCAACCCAGUGGCUUGGCUUGCCAUGACGUGUGAACCGAGUCAGUGCUUUCUCACCCAGGAUGUCAGCUAGCAAUAGCUUAGCUGUGGUGGUGGCCUUUACCUCCUGCAUUGCAUUCCCCCUUUCUCCUUUUUUGGACACUUCAUCAUUCAUGAAGAUAAUGUCUUGUCGGGUCAGCACUAUCAGAGCUACAGUCAUGGUUUGGACACACCAGUGCGCAAGGCCUGCUAGCUGGUGUGCUCCAUGUGCAGGUUGUGAGGAACUGCCGCUCCGUUUCAUUGUCAGCAGCCCCCAAAACUACACCUGAAAACUCAUCAAGCGUCUCCCUCUGACACAGACUUUGUACUGCUCCUUCUUGUGACUAUGGUGUCUCCCUCCAGAGAACACACUUUUAUUUUGUCGAGUUGUUUUGUGCUAGUAGUUCAUGAAUUAAAAGUUGAGCUGUAGUGUAA